GUCGCAGUUUGAUUCUUUGGCCAUAUACUGAAGUUUUUCUCUUUUGGUUCUCUUGGAGAAUUUGCGGUAAAUCAGUCGUAGAAAAAGGCGGUUUUCUAAUCGAAAUAGAAAAUUUAGUGCAGCUUGCAGCUUUUUCUUUUCUGGUAUCUUAUUUGAUUAUCGUAUGUCCAUCCAGAAUCUCAACACAUUUGACCCCUUUGCUGAUGCAAGUAAGGGUGCGGACGAUGAUGUUCAAGACGGACUUGUUCAUAUAAGGAUUCAACAACGUAAUGGUCGCAAGACCCUAACCACGGUUCAGGGCCUCUCAUCAGAAUAUGACUUGAAAAAAAUCGUUAGAGCAUGUAAAAAAGAAUUCGCGUGCAAUGGUACUGUGAUAGAUCACCCUGAAUACGGAGAGGUUCUCCAGCUGCAAGGUGAUCAGCGGGAGAACAUCUGCCAGUGGCUGACUAAAGCUGGUCUGGCCAAACCCGAUCAAUUGAAGGUACACGGUUUCUAAGGGCAGCUUGUUUCCUGUCCUAUCGCGUCAUAUAUGUAUUAGCGCUGCACUUUCGUUUUUUUACAAAACCGAUAAAUUCUACAUCCAACAAAAUAUGGGCUCGUUCGAAAUUCGUAGUUAGCGAAGCAAUUUGUACAAUAAUAAUUUUUAUAUACUUGAUUGUGCCUUUCCGUAAAUAAUAUAAUUAGUUCACCGCGCGGUUUUGUUUUAAAUGUUGACUGUAUUUUGUUUUUGUCACAAUAAAUAAAUAAAUGGAACCUAA